AUGUUUGAGGCAUUUAUUUUCUUCUGUUUGUGCUUGUGGAGUCUGACUGGUGUGUUUGGUGUUGAUGAAGUGAAGUCAGUGUCAGUGAUGGAGGGAGAUUCUGUCACUUUAAACAUUGAUGGUACUGAUAUACAGAUGAAUGAUAUGGUUGAGUGGAGGUUUGGACCUGAAGACAUUCUCAUAGCCAAAAUCAGCAAACAGAACAAUAUGAGCAUUUUUCAUAAUGAUAGUGCUGAUGGGAGAUUCAGAGACAGACUGAAACUGGAUCAUCAGACUGGAUCUCUGAGCAUCACAAACACCAGAACCACAGACUCUGGAGUUUAUAAAGUAACCAGCAACAGCACAGAGACACCGCUCAACACAUUCAAUCUUACUGUCUAUGCUCAUCUGCCGAUACCUGUCAUCACCAUUUACUGUCCACAAAAUUCUUCAUCAUCACCAGGAUCAUCGGUUGUGUCUGAUCUCAGCAUCAGUCUCUCUCUACCUCUGGAGGUGGAAUAUCAGGAUAAAAACAGCUACAGCUGUGUGCUCAACAGUCUCACCAGUAACCAGACCACACAUCUGGACAUCAGUCAACGUUGUCACACAUGUCCAGACUGCAUCCACUGUUGCGGUUCAACUGAAGCUGUGAUCCGAUUGGCUCUCUCUGCUCUGGUGGGCGUGGCUACUGUUGCUGUGCUGGUUUAUGAAUUCAGAUCCAGUCUUCAACAAAAGAGAAAACAGCGGACACUGCUAUCAAACUCUGAUUAAUCAGAUAGUCAGGGAGGUGGAGAUACGCUUUUCACAGUACUUUUCACAGUACAAAUGGUUC